AUGGCCAGCAAGACGAACAUCCUGCUCUUUGGUGGCUCCGGCUACAUCGGUGGAACUCUGUUGGAUCGUCUUCUGAAGCACCCCAAGGCAUCUACCUUCGACAUCGUCACUCCCGCUCGCGACCCCGAGAAAGCAGAGGUACUCAGGAAGCUGGGCGCGAAGCCCGAGAUCGCUGCUCUCAGUGACUUCGACAAGAUCGAGGCACUUGCCUCACGUGCGGAUGUCAUCUUCAACCUCGCGAACGCAGACAACGUGCCGCAGAUGAAUGCGGUUCUCAAGGGCAUACGAAAGAGGCACGCGGCCACUGGCAAACCGCCUGUGCUCAUCCACACUACUGGCCUUGGCGAAAUCAAGUCCAUCCCAGCAGCAGCCCUCCACCGCAACGUCGACCUGGUCGUGAUUGGCGCAGAUGAGGAAGGCUAUGCGAGGUCAUACUUGAUCUCACCGGGUAUUGUGUACGGUCUUGCAUCCGCACCCGCGCACGACGCAGGAAUCGCGAAGAAGUUCUCUAUUCAGAUCCCGGGGCUCGCCAAGGCCGCGCUGGCCAGGAAGCGCGCUGGCAUUGUCGGCCCUGGCAAGGCUGUCUGGCCGCAUGCCCACGUCGACGACGUGGCCGACAUCUACGUCAAUCUCUUCGAUGCGAUCGCCAAGGACCCGCAGAGCGUCGGGCACGGCUGGGAGGGCUACUACUUUGUCGAGAACGGCGAGGUCGCCUGGUACGAUGUCGGCAAGGCCAUGGCCAGGCGCUCGAGCUCGAGACUACUGGGGCUCACUGGCCGUGGGCAGCUUCGGCGGGACGACAUGCGUGCGAAGGCGGAGCGGGCGCGCACGAUCGGGUGGAAGCCCAAGCACGCGGACAUACUGGGGACGAUCAAGGCGGAGGUGGAGCUGCAGUGGGCAGUCGCGCAGAAGAAUGGCGGCGAGGUCGACUUCACAUUCGAGAGGGGCCUUGCGAAGCUGUUCGGGUUUGCGUAG